CCCGGCAUCGCCCACCUAUCUCGCGGGCACCCACCGGCCACCAUCCACCGCCUCCCAUCGAAAGAGAGAGAAGAAAAAAGGAACAAUCAGCCGAAAUGCUGCUAUCCCGCGCAUUAGCGCUACCCCUCCGCCGCGCGCUCUCCGCGCGCCAAACCCUCCAACGCACCCGCACGCAGCACAUGCACACACCCACAUGCGGGUGUGUGCGGCCCACGCUGCUCUCUCCACGCUUCGCCUCGCAGCGGCCCCCGCUUAUCAGAGAAUUGGUGUCUGGCUUCCAAGGGCUGGGCGUUAGCGUCAGCAGCAGCAGCAGCGGUGCCAGCAGGAUGCAAACGCGGGGGAUGAAAGUGCGGAGUUCGGUCAAGAAACUGUGUGAUGGGUGCAAGAGCGUGCGGCGGAAGAAGGGCAGAUAUGUGUAUAUUAUUUGCUCCAAGAAUCCAAAGCAUAAGCAGAGGCAAGGAUAAAAAAGCGAAAUCGUCAAUGCUGGGGUGGGUGGGCGAAGGAUGAAGGAUAAAGGGAAGAGGGGAUAUGAGCAAUGACUGGGGGGAGUAUGCGAAUAGACGAGAAGAAGCUGUACGAUAUGUAUGCGCAAGAAGCACUACAGGGCGUUCUUUUUUUUUUGAGACGGCAUCGUAAUAACAUGAUUGCACCACUCAAA